AUGGCUUCUUACGACGAAGAGAGCCAUAACCAGCUUUCAGAUGGCAAUCACACUGGAGUUGUCAACGAGACUGAGUAUUUCAAAAAGACAGAUUUUGAAAAUUCUUCCAAUCAAAAGGGCUUUCAGUAUAUGUUCAAUGUCAGAACCGUGGAGGCAACAGACCAGUCCCGAAAUAGACAUAGAAAACGCCCCAUCUAUUGCAAAUCCCCCAUGCUAACAGAAGACAAUAGGAGUUAUAAGUAUUAA